AAAUGAAGAAAGCUAUAUUUCAAUGCCACUUCAACAAUACUUAUUUUUAGUGCAACUCUGGGGGGUUUUAAUUAAAGGUGCAACUUCCAAUGUCCAACCAGUGCACCAUGUUCAGUUUUAACCCUGAUUGCAGGAAACAACAAACCCUUGUCCUGGAUGAUGAAUGGGCUGACUGUUGAUAAGGAGCUUUAAUGGGGAGUUUAGUGUUGCUGUAUUUAUUUGGACGAAUUAUCCCUUUGAAGUUGCAGUGAAAUGAAAUGAUUAAAAAGUGCCUGUAAACAGUAGGCUACAGAGGGGAAGUACAUGAGCUAAAAUUCCAUCUGUCCUCCUAGAAUAAUUUAUGACCACCCCCACUUUCAAAAAAGUAAAACACAAUUUUACACUAUAGCCUGCUCUAUUUGCACUGCAUUACAUCCACAUGUUGUUAACGGUUCUCUGUGUAAUUCAAGUGUCUGAGUGCACAAGGUCUUUGGCAUGGCAAACUGUGGGAACCCCCCGACGCUUCUGCAUAAAAGACAGAUCUUGAAGACGCAGAGGGUUAAUUUCAAGCCCCCACCACCACCACCCACAUCUCCAAUUUGAAAGCCGCCUCUCUACCGGGAGAGGAAGGCUCUUUUUCGGUCAGAUGGCGUGCUGCAGUCCGCCCCCGUCAUUCUCCAGCCCACACAGACAGCAAAAAGGCAGCCAGCAACCAAUACGGUGCGCCGGAGGAGGAUUUCUGCCAGUGAUUUCAGACGAGGUACGAUACGCAAAGGGGAUUUACUACGCCAAUCCGAGCCGGGGAAGCUUUCGGCAAUAGAUAACAGGGUAAGAAACGCACAGGACAAUAACUGCAAUGUGUCUUUGCGCAGGGUGUUUUCUCCUCACAUCUGGCUUCUGUCGAUGAUUUUUAUCUGAACUGGCGCCAACAAUUGAAGUGUUUCUACUUUAUUGAUGUCAAAAUCUUACUGGGUUUUGUCCCGUUGAUCGAUCGAAAAUAGUUUUUUUGUUCUUCCUCAUGUUAAUCAGUUUCAUUCUGGUAUUACGCACCAGUGACAUCGGUUUUUGGAGAGACCCUUUUGCGUAAUUACGCUGGUCCCUUCUCAGCACAUCCGUCUACUGACUUGAAGAAGUGUUGUGUGCCAUGUCCCUGCCACGCACACUUGGGGAGUUGCAGCUCUAUCGGGUGCUGCAGAGGGCCAACCUGCUGGCCUAUUAUGAAACCUUCAUCCAGCAGGGUGGUGACGAUGUACAGCAGCUCUGUGAAGCAGCAGAGGAGGAGUUUCUGGAGAUCAUGGCACUAGUAGGCAUGGCCACCAAGCCACUGCAUGUGCGUAGGCUGCAAAAGGCCCUCCGAGACUGGGCAGCAAACCCUGCCCUCUUCAGCCAGCCUGUCCCUAGUGUUCCCCUCGGGGGCAUCCCACUGUUCAAAGUCGAUGGGACGGGCACAAGCGGGUCAGCAGGAGGGCCCAAGAAGUCUGUAAGCAACGGGCAGCCUGGUUCACCAUGUGAGAGGGAGGAUCGGGCAUGUCUCACUCCAAUGCACAGCGGGAGUCCCAGAAGUCCCUGCUCCCAGGCGUCCCCACAACCACCGGACACACAUUACAGAGAAAAACUGUCACCAAUGGAUCCACACUGGCUCAGCCCAGAUCCAGACGGAAACUGCACUUUAUCCUCUGCACAUGGAGAAGAGGAGCCGCACAGUCCACCUCUACUGUCAACAUGUCCCGCAGGCCCCUCCACAUCUCCAAGUUCCUCCGCCUCUUUCACCCCUGCAGCCCUGUCUGCCUGGCCGGGGGGUCAGCUGGACGGAGAGACAGCAAAGGCAGUGGUGGAGAGUGUGGAGAGGCUCCUCAGGACCCUCCCCAGGUCAGAUCCUGCAGAAGUGAAGACUCUGCUGAGGAUGAACAAGAAGAUGGCAAAGACUGUGGGCCAUAUCUUCAAAAUGGGGUCUCAGGAUGCAAGCAAGGAAGAAGAGAUCAGGAAGUACAGCCUCAUAUAUGGACGAUUCGACUCCAAGAGGAGAGAAGGCAAGCAGCUCACACACCAUGAGCUGAUCAUCAACGAAGCUGCAGCCCAGUUCUGUAUGCGCGAUAAUGCCCUUUUGCUGAGACGAGUGGAACUCUUUUCAUUGGCUCGGCAGGUGGCAAGAAAAUGUGCCUACACCUCCACACUAAAGCAUGCAAGGACAAAUGAGGAGAACAGUGUACAGACUCAGAAGAGAGCGAGACACGAGGUCAUUGUUCCAGAGAGCGUGUCUUCACUUCUGGGAGCAGAGGGUUCAGAGAGUCUGACCCAGAGAGCAGACGACGACAGCUUAUCUGCAGAAAGCCUGGACAGUGUGUCGCAUGACAUCGGCUCCCAGUGCAACCAGUCUCCGUCCCCUCGCCAUCCCACCGACGCCUCCAAUCCAACCAGCUGGAGUCGCCAUCUCAUUCAGCAAACGCUAAUGGACGAAGGGCUGCGAUUGGCUCGGAUGGUGUCACAUGAUCGGGCUGGCAAGAUCAGCCUCGGGUCAGAAGGAGCUCAUGCCACAGUUAUCUUUGCUUCUCUCUGCAGACCACGACAGUAAAGUGGACAGGCGGAGCUCCAUAACAGCGUGCAGGAGCGGUAGCCCUUGCAUCAUCAAAGACGAACCCAACCAUCGGGGGAAAUGAAGGAAAAAAAAAAAGAAAAAAAAGCUCAGCAGUAUCAGUAAACAUGUGCUGAUGAACUCCACUCAGAGUCCUGUGUAUGAGCAGGUUUUUAUACAUGUAGUUACAUCACUGACAGCACAAGCAUCAGAUAGGGAACAGACUCCUAUCGACAGGCGGGAUCAAUAUAGUAAAUGUCAGCGACUAAUAGUUUGCAGUUACUUCUAAACACUGAAGUUGUGGAUUGAAUUUGUUUUUACUUUACAUUCAGUAUAUAUUUAGGUGAGUCCUAUUUAUUUAACUUUUUGAGAGCACAUGAACUAUAUGUCCUGCAGCUUUUAAGCAGAAAAUAUUUCAGCUCACGUGGCUCUUGUGAUGUUUGCCAUCCUGUUUCCUAUGACAUGGAAUUGGCACAGCAGGGGGCACUGCAACUUUAGAAACUGACUGCCUUCAAUCCAGUCUGACUGGAGUUGCAUGGAGACUUCAAGGGUUCUUAUGAAGUCUUUUUUUUUUAAUCAAGUAACAGUCUCCAGUUUAAUCUGCAGCUCUCAGAGUUCACUGCGAUGGUGUUUUAUUGAUGAUAAUACUUCAGGCUGUUUCACAAUCCUUUGGUGAACUCAGUGGUGUGACAUAAUACUGAUAUUAAUACUAAUGCUUUAUUGAUUUCUAUUCAGAAGUUGUUUUUUUACUUGCCUCUCUCCUCUGUAGAAUCAGGUGUUGUGCUCAUGGGCCCUUUAGCAGGGGGGAUUCGUGCUGAUUUUAGGGCUUUGAAUCUGCUCUCCUGUUUAUUUACACUUCACUGCCGUAUUGUACAGCCUCUGAGGAAACUACAUUCAAAACUACACUGCAAGGUUUAGAAUUAAACAAUUAAAAA